GGACACUUCCGGCGGAUGGACAGUCCGUCCCCAUUCUGGCAGCCCCUGGGUGCCGCGUCGGCCUGGGCGCGUCAAGCAUGGACGACCACAACCUGGAGGAGUUCCGCCGGCACUGGCAGGAGGAGUUGGCGCAGUCACAGGCGCUGAGGCGACGGCGGCGGCUCGAGGCUGGGGAGCGGCGGUCGCCGCGAAGGCCCGAGGCGGGAGCGCGAGGCGAGCCGGCCUCGGGCUACCUGGGGCUGGCGCAGGGGCUGCUGGAGGGCGCGGGCCGACCCCCGGCGCCCAGGCCUGGCCGGGGAGGCGACAGGAAGGAUACGUCCAGCCGAUCGCGCUCACCCCCAGACCGCGACGCCACGGAGCCCGAGCCGCUGGUGGAUCAGCUCAUCCGCGACUUGAAUGAGCUGGAUGACGUGCCCUUCUUUGAUGUCCGUCUGCCUUACGAACUGGCCAUCAAUAUAUUCCAGUAUCUGAACAGAAGAGAGCUGGGACUGUGUGCUCAGGUGAGCAAGACAUGGAAGGUGAUUGCUGAAGACGAGGUGCUGUGGUACCGGCUGUGCCGACAGGAGGGGCACCUUCCCCACAGCAGAUUCUCCGAUUACACCUGCUGGAAGCUCAUCUUGCAAGAGUGCCUCGCCAAGGAGCACACAUUAAGAGCCAACUGGAAGAAUCGCAAAGGUGCCGUGAGCGAGCUGGAGCAUGUUCCCGACGCUGUUUUGUGUGACGUGCGUUCUCACGAUGGUGUGGUCAUUGCUGGAUACACGUCAGGGGAUGUGCGGGUGUGGGACACCCGCACCUGGGACUACGUGGCCCCCUUCCUGGAGUCUGAGUCUGAGGAGGAGGAUCCUGGAAUGCAGCCAUAUGUCUCCUUUGUGAGGAUCAACAGCUCGCUGGCAGUGGCGGCUUACGAGGAUGGGAUCCUUAACAUUUGGGACCUGAGAACCGGAAGGUUCCCUAUCUUUCGUUUUGAGCAUGACGCAAGAAUACAAGCCCUUGCGCUGAGCCAAGAAAAGCCCAUUGUUGCCACGGCUUCUGCUUUUGACGUUGUGAUGUUGUACCCCAACGAGGAGGGGCAUUGGCAUGUGGCCUCGGAGUUUGAAGUUCAGAAGCUGGUUGACUACCUUGAAAUAGUUCCGAAUACUGGGAGGUACCCUGUGGCAAUAGCCACAGCCGGGGAUCUGGUGUACCUGCUGAAGGCCGACGACUCAGCCAGAACCCUUCAUUAUGUCUAUGGCCAGCCUGCCACAUGUCUGGAUGUCUCAGCCAGCCAGGUUGCCUUUGGAGUGAAGAGUCUAGGAUGGGUGUAUGAAGGAAACAAGAUCCUGGUGUACAGCCUGGAAGCAGAGCGCUGCCUCUCGAAGCUGGGCAAUGCACUUGGAGACUUUACCUGUGUCAACAUCCGGGAUAGCCCUCCCAACCUCAUGGUCAGCGGCAACAUGGACAGGAGAGUGAGGAUCCAUGACCUCCGCAGCGAUAAGAUCGCCCUGUCGCUGUCUGCCCAUCAGCUGGGGGUGUCCGCAGUCCAGAUGGAUGACUGGAAGGUUGUCAGUGGAGGCGAGGAGGGGCUGGUGUCUGUGUGGGAUUACCGCAUGAACCAGAAGCUGUGGGAAGUGCACUCCAGGCACCCUGUGCGCUAUCUCUCCUUCAAUAGCCACAGCCUCAUCACUGCCAACGUGCCCUACGAGAAGGUGCUGCGAAACUCCGACCUCGACAACUUUGCCUGUCACAGGAGACAUCGUGGCCUGAUCCAUGCCUAUGAAUUUGCUGUGGACCAGCUGGCCUUUCAGAGCCCCCUUCCUGUCUGCCGCUUACCCCGUGACAUCAUGGCUGGAUACAGCUAUGACCUCGCACUGUCUUUCCCCCAUGACAGUAUUUAGGGUGUCACCUCAUGUAGACGUGGAAAGGGCAGUUUUACAAAUGUUAGAGUUGGAGAGAGGCUCUGCAGCACAUGGUGGGAGUUUGGGGACAGUGUCCUGUAUGACUGUGGCCACACAGCCCUGUUGCCCUGUACAGAACCAGACUCCAUUGCUGCCUUUCUCCUCCUCCUCCUCCUCCUCAGGCUUUGGUAGGACUGGCUGAUGACUCAGAGUUAACCUUUCCAGGGGUGGCUCCUCCCCCUCAGCCUAUGGCAGCAGUGACACCCCCCCUCGUUCCAUAGGCCAGGGACACAGGGCCUUCACUUGCACUGUCUCCUGGGUGUGGUGCUGAGGGUGGAACCAGAAUCUCACACGCAUAGGCAAGCGUCAGCCUCCAAGCUGCCUCCCCAGCUGUCAGCCUCCCCAGCUGUCUCCUCCAGGCACCCUCCAGUGCAGCCCCUCCUCUGGGAUUCACACCGUUGAUAAUUAUAGGGCCACCUUACCUGUAGGAGCUGUUCUGUCCUGUACAUGUGCUAUGAAGGAGACAGCCAUCCUUCCUGCAGAGGGAAAGGGUCAUUGCACAGGGAUAGGGUCAGUCUCCAAGCCUAGCCGGUGGUGUCUCUUCCUGACAAACGCAGCCAUAGCUCACCCACUCUGCCUUCAGAGUGUCAUGGACAAAUCCACACAUAGUGGCCAGGAGACCCAGUCAGAGCUCUUCAGAAUCCCCACAGACCAGGCACCUAACACACCUGCACAGAGGCCACCAGGUCUCAGGAGACAAAGUUCCUCUCCCAGGGAAUACCAGCUCAAAAAACAAGUGGGCUGGCAAACUCCACAUUGGGUCUGCCGAGAGCAAGAAAAAAGAGGGGGGUGGGGGAGCUCCAUGGGGUGGAUCCCAGGCUGGCAGCAGGAAGGUGCUGGAAGGCCUGAGAGGGUGUGCAGUGCCCUCCCCGAGCCCUGGUGGUCUCCUCCUGUGUGCUGGGAUGGAGUCUAGUGGGUUUGUGGCAUGAUCUCAGAUCUUGGCAUUGAGGCCUCUCCCCAUGCACAAGUGCCCAGGGGAGCUCACCUCCCUCUUGCUGGGCUGGCGCCCCCUGCUGGCCUGGUCUUGCUGUGUCCUCACUCGAGCAUUCCCAGUCCUAAGCUGUCCACUGGAGACAUUUCUGUCAGAGAAAUUGGCUGUGCGGUCAGCUCCUUUCUGGGCUUCGCAGCCAUGAAAGGCCACUGAAGAGCAGAGGUGACUAGAGUAGUUUCAAGCAUACAUGCCCUUCUAGCCCCCAAUCCCUGCCCCCUACCCCCACAGAGCAUCUGUCCUCGCUGGCUCCUGCCACUGCACCUGCUCCCAGGGUGGGGGACAGGCUGGCUCCCUGUGCUGCCUCUGAAGCCAGAAGACACCAGGACACAGCCCUGGGAGCCAGGGGUGGUCACACAUCUGCAGCUUGCCUUUUGCCUUAAGCGGCCACUUCUGCUCUGUUAUUAAAGGUUCUACACUGAUGAGCGUGUGUGCUGCUCCUGUAAGGACUCGUUUGAAGUCUUCCUCUGCCCUGUGUAGUCUGGUUUAUUUCCCCCGGCUGGGGGUGCAGGGGCACAACAUGACAUGUGCACACAGACUAGGCUGUCCAUGCAGGCGACAUGCUGCUCCUGAAGCUCAGACAGCAGUUCCCAUGGCAGAGUCUAGGGUACUGUGGUGUCUUUCAGCUGAGCGACAGGAUUGCCAGCCUCCCUCAGCAGGGGCACUUGGUACCCCCAUAAGGGUGGCAUGCCCCAGUCCACUUGUUACAGGGCAGGGCAGUACCACGAGCUAGUUAGUUGCUUGGAAUUAAGAACAGCCUCCCCUAGUGAGGGGUUUCAGGUGAUGACUGCCCCGUGACAGUGGCUCAGAUGGAGACACUACCCAUGGGCUCUUGCUUGAAGCAGCAGAUGGCACGGGCCAUGGCACCGUGGCCCACACAGCCAAGCCAGAUGGGUUACCUGGCUCCUGCGGCAGGCCUGCGGUGACUUGGCCAGCACUGCCCGUGUGCGAGGUGGCAGAGCCCCUCCUGUGCAGCAGCCUGGGCCUACUGCGGUGCACUAGGGAACUUCUCCCUGGAACAGAAGAGGAGCACCAGCCUGUGCCUGGCCGAGCCGAGCUUGUGCUGUGGCAGCUGCCCUUCCCAAGACAGACGUGCUGCCUCUCACCGCGGCAGGGGCCCUUUGAGUCCCCCCACUUUCCCUGUGGGGACAAGCCUGUCCCUUGCUGGCUUAGUGUUACUGUUUUGCCACCCUGCCCUGGCCAGAGUUCCGAGUCCUCCUGUGGCCAUGUUCCUGCCCCAAGCCCUGUUGGCAUUUGUCCAACUCAUGAAGACAAAGGUGCCAGUGAUGCCAUCGGGAGUGGCCUGGUUCCGGCACUGGCUCCCUCAAGGUCACGGCAUACAAGGACAGCCUUUAUGGCAGGUGUUUGCCAAACCUCAAGGUGACUUGCACUUCUGCCUCUCCUUCCACCAACUUGGGCCUCUUCCAGCACAGUGGAACUUGGACUGGUCAACUGCAGAGGAUCAGACCUGAGGGCCUGCCCUCUCCCACCUAACAGAGGGGCUUUGUUCACGUCUCGAAGAGCCUGGUUUGCCAAGUGGUCAGAGUGGCAGGCUGCUCUGGGCUUGCUCUGUUUCUUACCCAUAAGUUCUGUGUCACUAGGCUGCAGGUAUCCAUCCAGCCAUGUCUAUGAGGUUUGUAUCACACAGCCCUCCGGGGAAAGUAUCAGAUUAAACAUUAGCCUCCAACCACCACCAAACUGGGGGAGGGGACAACUUUAUAAGUAGAGCAUUGUGAUGCCACACACACACACUCGCUGAGUGUCCCACCACUCAGGAGGAUUUUAAGUUUGAGGACCAAUCUCUAGAAUCAAUUGUCAGUAACAGGACAGUACUGUAGGGUAGAUCUCGCUUUCAGUCUGCUACAGAAUAGAGAGCACACCCAACCUCCACCCAGCCACUGAGGCCCCAGCUCUGCCUGCUUCUCUACCCACAGCCCUACUCCCAGCUCCUCAGCAGUAGCCUUGGGUGCCACCAAGUCAGCUUCAGUGUGGUUGAUGAAGAGCCUGUACUUACCUGUCCCCAAAUAAAUGUUAGCACAAAGCCUGCUUCACACUG